AUGUUUCAGAAAUCAUCUGGGAAAACGAUGAAAUGGGUCACAUUGCUUAAAGACUUCAAAGAAAAAGUCGGUCUCUCUCAACCUCCUUCUGCAUCAUCUUCUCCCUCAUCAACUUCCUCCUCCUCUUUGCCGGUUAACAAUGCUUCUUCAACCAAACAUGACUUCCUGUCAUCGCCUUCAAGUAGAGACAAACAUGAACUGGAAUUGGACUUCAAGAGAUACUGGGAAGAGUUCCGUUCAUCAAGUUCUGAAAAGGAGAAAGAAAAGGCCUUGAACUUGACUGUAGAUGUUUUCUGUAAAUUAGUGAAGCAGCAUGCUAAUGUAGCUCAGUUAAUUACCAUGUUAGUAGAAACACACAUAUUUUCUUUUGUUGUGGGAAGAGCAUUUGUAACGGAUAUUGAAAAAUUGAAAAUUAGCAGCAAAACAAGAUCUUUGGAAGUUGAGAGAGUAUUAAGCUUUUUUUCGGAAAUUACAAAGGAUGGCAUCAAGCCUGGUUCAAAUUUAUUAGAUGCAGUGGAAGUCCUUGUAUCUGGGCCUAUUGAUAAACAAUCUCUCCUUGAUUCUGGGAUCUUAUGCUGUCUCAUUCUUAUCCUCAACACUCUUUUGGGUCCUGAUGUGGGCAAUAAAGGGAAAAAAGUUACUACUUAUGAGGACACGAUACCAGAGGAUAGAAAUUUUGAUGGUGAUUUAGGACCAGUCCGCCGGCUUGAGGAUGGCAUCAAGCCUGGUUCAAAUUUAUUAGAUGCAGUGGAAGUCCUUGUAUCUGGGCCUAUUGAUAAACAAUCUCUCCUUGAUUCUGGGAUCUUAUGCUGUCUCAUUCUUAUCCUCAACACUCUUUUGGGUCCUGAUGUGGGCAAUAAAGGGAAAAAAGUUACUACUUAUGAGGACACGAUACCAGAGGAUAGAAAUUUUGAUGGUGAUUUAGGACCAGUCCGCCGGCUUGAGGUGGAGGGAAGUGUUGUGCAUAUUAUGAAAGCAUUAGCAAACCAUCCUUCUGCUGCGCAAAGUUUGAUUGAGGACAAUUCACUUCAGUUGCUCUUUCAGAUGGUUGCCAAUGGGUCUUCGAUUGUUUUUUCUCAGUACAAGGAAGAUCUUGUUCCCUUACACACCAUUCAGCUUCAUAGACAUGCAAUGCAGAUACUUGGUCUUCUUUUGGUUAAUGACAAUGGAAGCACAGCCAACUACAUACACAAGCAUCAUCUGGCUAUUCAAAGGAUGAAACUUUUGGGUGCCUGGAGGUGA